AUGAAGACAACCUCAGCGAAUACGAAGAAGCGAUCCAGCUCAGUGAAGACGAGCUCAGUGAAGUGUCCAAAGUCCGAGGAUUCACAACACUUUAGUGUUACACUCCACCAUGGGGGUGAAUUUUACAGGGUUUUUGAAGAAGAAAUUAUAUACAGAGGGGGUACGGAUACGACAGUUAAUGGGAUACAUGUUUCAAAUUGGAACAUGGAUAACAUUGAGAAGUUGUUGAGUAGGUUAGAGUAUAAGGCUGAUUGUGUUAGGGUAUGGACAAAAGUUUUAGAAAUUCAAGAUGGUUUUUUUCUGAUUAGGAAAGAUGAUGAUGCUGUUGAUGAUUUUGCUCUAUACUUUAGUGCAAUGAAUGUGAAAGGAGAUUUGUAUGUUGAACAUAGUACUGGGAACAUGGACCCUGCUGAUAGGGAACCUAAAUAUGAGGAGAAGGUAGAGGGGUUAGAUGACAGUGAAGAUGAAAGAGAUACUGCUUACUUUGAUGGUUUUGAAGGAAUAGAUGUUACUAAGCCUAUUAGGGAGGAGCCCAAUAACAGUAUGGAGGAGCCCAAUAAGAGUAUGGAUUCAGAUGAUGUAUACUAUAGUGAUGAGUUGAAUAGUUCUGACCCAGAUGAUUCUUGUGAUGAAGAAAGGCCCAAGUAUGCUAGGUUUAGGAAAGAGCAUCUAAACAAAGACUUUAUAUUCAAGUGGGGUAUGGAAUUCAACACACUUGAUGACUUUAGGGCAGCUAUCCGUGAGUGGUCAGUGCUUAAUGGGAGGGAAAUUUCUUUUGUGAAAAAUGAGGGAGAUAGGGUAAGGGUGGUGUGUAAGCAUAAAUGUGGGUUUUUAGUCUUAUGCUCUAAGGUGGGCCACAAGGAGACUUUUGCUAUAAAAAUACUUGUACAUAAGCACACAUGUGCUAGGGUUUUGAACAACAAGUCUGCUAGCUCAAAGUGGGUGGCCAAGCAUGUGGUAAAGAGGAUGCAAACUUCUGAUACAGUCAGGAUAAGAGACAUCAUCCAAGAUAUGAGGCAAACAUAUUCUGUGGGUAUUACUGUUGCAAAAGCAUGGAGGGCUAAGCUAAUUGCCAAGAAGAUAAUUGAAGGUGAUGCUGACAAUCAGUAUGCUUCCAUAUGGAGGUAUGCAGAAGAACUAAGAAGGGUAAACCAUGGCAACACUGUGAAGAUAAAUGUAGAAAGACCUAGUCCAUCCAUACAACCAAGGUUUGGGUCAUUUUAUUUCUGUUUUGAUGGCUGUAAGAAAGGCUUUAUUCAUGGAUGCAGACCAUUUGUGGGGGUUGAUGGAUGUCACUUAAAGACCAAGUAUGGUGGACAGUUACUUAUUGCUGUAGGCAGGGAUGCUAAUGAUCAAUACUUCCCUUUGGCAUUUGGUGUGGUUGAAAAUGAAACAAAGGAGAGUUGGAGAUGGUUUAUACAACUACUAAUGGAGGACAUUGGUCAGGAUAGAAGAUAUGUAUUUAUCUCUGAUCAACAGAAGGGACUUGUGGCUGUAUUUGAAGAAUUGUCUGAUACUAUUGAGCAUAAAUUAUGUCUUAGGCACUUGUAUGCUAAUUUCAAGAAAAGGUUUGGUGGAGGAGCCCUUAUUAGAGAUUUAAUGAUGGGAGCUGCUAAAGCCACAUACUAUCAGGCAUGGGUCCAAAAGAUGAAUGAAUUGAAGAAUGCAGAUCCCAAUGCUUGGACUUGGUUGAUGGCUGUUCCUACCAAAAGCUGGUGUAAGCAUGCCUUUUCUUUUUACCCUAAAUGUGAUACAUUGAUGAAUAAUAUCUCAGAGUCUUUUAAUGCUACCAUUCUAGCUGCUAGGGACAAACCUAUACUCACAAUGUGUGAGUGGAUAAGAAAAUAUCUGAUGAAUAGGUUAUCCACCUCUGCAAGUAAACUAGAAAAUUGGCCACAUAAGGUGAUGCCAAUACCUAGGAGAAGGUUAGAUAAUGAGGUGUUCAAUAGUGGUCAUUGGUUGCCAACAUGGUCAAUUGCUGAGACUUUUCAGGUUACACAUAGUUACAACACACAUGAAUUUAUUGUUGACAUUGCUAAAAGGUCAUGUAGUUGUAAUUUUUGGGAAUUAGUAGGAAUUCCAUGUAGGCAUGCUGUAGCUGCUCUGAGUUAUAGAAAGCAAAACCCUGAUGAAUUUGUUGAUGCUUGUUACACAAGAGAAAAGUUUGCACUAUGUUAUGGAUUUUCAACCUAA